GGAAAACUUUUGAUCAAUAACAAAUGUGAGGAGGGGUAGUUUUAAAUUCAAACUGUUUUUGCUAUCGAAUGAAUUACUUAUGAUAGUCAGUCAAAGACCGUCAGUGUUCUAGUUCGGGGGCGGUUAGACUCAUACAGAUUGGGGCAAUGGACUUACUACCUAGUACAAUUUGUGUCUCGUGUUUCGUGUGUAUUCAUAACAUCAUAAUACAUUUUAACAUUGAUUUUAUAUUUUGUCUGUAAAAUAAAUAAAUAAAUAAAAAAAAAUUUAUAACAACAAAAAUAUGGCUGCAACAGCAAAAAUUAAAACACGUGGUCCUCCCGUUCGACAACAAUCCAUAAGUUCAUCCAUACCACAAAAACAUGUUUUAAAAAAACAAUUAUCAGAGGGCACGUACAGCUCAAAAGUCAGUGAAAUAACACCACCAAGAAUUGCUUGGGCAGAUGAUAAUAAUACAAAAACGACAGAAAAAAGUGUUGAAAUCGUUGCCAAAAAAUGUCCAGAAUAUCCAAAACCAAAACAAAUCUUAACCCCAUCACCGAAAAGUGAACCAGUAUUUUAUUCGCGACAACAGUUGGCAGAACGUUUACGAAAAGCUUGGAAGGAGCGUGAGACAAAUAGUAAGAGUAUCGAUAUAUUUUUGGCACGAUCAAUUACAGAUGAUGUUCCUGUAAUAUCGCGGGAAUCAUCUACAAUGUCAGUUAAUAGUACGAAAAAUGAUUCGAAUUUUAAUACGAUUUCGAAACAGGAGCCUAAACCAAAAGAGGUUGAUAUUGAGCAGCAAAAAAAGUUAACUAAAAAGAUUUCUUUGGUAAUAUCACCAUUAUUUCGGGAAACUAUUGAUCAAGAUUUUGAUCCAUCUGAACCGAAUCCUAAUGAGACGAAAAUUCCUGAAAAACCACAAUUAUCAAUUGAAAUUAAACCUAGAUCAAUGUCUGCUGCCACAAAACGAGAACUUUUUCGUAAAAGUAGUACUACCAAAACUCAAUUAGAUGAAACUAUUGAACUACCAAAUAAUACAAAACCGGUAACUUCAUUUCGACCACCGCUGACUAGAUCACAAUCGGUUCCAACAACACCAGUGCCCAUGCAAAAUCCACCAACGAAAAAUAAAUUUCCAUCGAAGAGAAGAUUAAAAACUGCUCCAAUCCGUCGAAAUAAAUCAAUUGAUACUGAUGGUAGUACUAAAUCUAGUAGUACCACCCAUAAUGCCCAUAAGCCGAAAGGGAAAAAGAAAGGACCUUUGGUACGUUGUCAAUCAGCGACAGCUGCAGAAAUUGUAACGAUGGUAUCUUUGACAAGUCCACCGAUGAGUGACUCAGAAGAAAAUGCCCAGAAACAGGCGGCCAAUUUAGCAAGAAUCAGAAAACAAAAUCAAGAGAAGAAAGUUGAAAUGAAUGCGAAAUUAGAAGCUCAACGGCUAAUCACAUUGAAAAAGAUUGUUAAGCAAGUUUCAUUCCAACAAACAACUCCAAGUCUUCCAGUGCGAAAUAGUUCAGCGAAUAGUUAUUUGGCACGACGAAAUUCAACAGCAUUUCCAUUAUUUCGUCCAACACGUUCAUCUGUGUUGCAAAUGGCUAAUGAACGUGAGAAACGCGCACAAAAUAAUUCAGUACCUGGAGAAGAAAGUGAACCGAAACGAAGAUUAUUAUAUGAUGAUGGUAAUGUGGAUUCGAGUGACGGUGCCCAAAAUUCCGAAACAAAGAAUACAAAUUCAGGAUCCAAUUACAAUUCACAAGAUGGUUCAGGCUUAUUAGAAGGAAAUCGAUACAAAAUAUUAGACGAACAAAAUGAAGUAACCAAAAAUUCAAAAGAAAUACCUGAAACGGCUAAAAUAAUUCCUAAUGAUUCGUCAAAACCAAGUGGUGAAAAUGAAGCAAGCACUGAAGACGAACCAAUAUUUGAAAAUCCAAAAGAAAGACAAUGCUGGAAAUUAUUUAAGAAAAUGCGUGAUAAGGGCGUUGAAGUAUCUUUUGAUACUAUUUUAAAAGGUCUUUUAACACCAACUGAAUACAGAUUACGAUCGAAAGCGAGUAUUAUAACUGAACAGUCGUCUAAAGAAGAGGAAGAAGUGCCAGAGUAAAUUAAUUAAUCCCGAAAACAAAAUUAACCUAAGAUUGAAAUGUUCAAAAAAAAAUGCUUUCGAGGAGAAAUGAAUUGAGGAAUUUUAUAUGUUUUAAUUGUUUUUUAUGAAGUACCUAAACAUUAACAAAGAGUCUUUUGACAAAGUAGGACAUAAGUAGAUAUACAAUUGUAAUAUCUACUUAUUCCCCACUCUGUAUCAAAGUACUGAAAGGCCCUUUCAAACCCAAAGUCAGCAAUAGCGCGUUGGAUCCUUUUCCAAUAUAAAGUUAAGUGAUUGUGUUUUACCUACUUACUUAAAUCUAAAACAGUUUUCAAAACUUUCAUAUAUUUAAACCAAAAAAAAAAGUGGACCACGCUAGAAAAUAAACAGCAAAUAAAUAUCUUCUCAUAAUUUCUCUGAUUCAAAAUCAAUCGACAGUUUUCUCCUAGUUUAAAAUCUAUGCUUAAAAUCCCAAGACAUUGUUUUUGGCAGUUCGAAGUGAUCCAAACGAUAUUGAAUUGAACAAAAUUAAGCUUUCAUUAAAAGUUAUUUGCGCAGGCGUAAGCAG